AUGGAAAAUUUCAACCCAAAAAUUAUCAAAUCUUUAUGGAAUGAUGGGAAUAUUGGGUGGCUCUUCUCCCCUUCUACGGGGAACUCGGGGGGUCUACUGACAAUGUGGAAGGAGGACUACUUCAAUUUGAACUCAUCUAGGUGCGAGAAUAAUUGGAUUGCUAUUUGUGGCCGCAUACCCUCGCUAAACUUCACAGGACUUCCAAAACUUUAUCAACAGCUUCAUCUAACCGAAAUCCCAGCCUUCAACGGAUGUAUGCAUAUUAUCAAAGAAGUGUGGCAAAAGCACUCAUCAUGCCACUUUGGAGGGAAAUUGAAAGAAAUCAAAAGCAGGUUGAAGGAAUGGAAUGCCUCGGAAUUUGGCCACAUCGAUCACAGUAUUGCAACUUUAAAGGAAAAAAUUCACGAAUUGGAUUUGAUCUCCAACAAGAAACAGCUAUCUGAUACUGAAAUUGCUGAUAGAAGAACCGCCCAAUCUGAUCUGUGGACGUGGUUAAAGAGAAAAGAAACCUUUUGGGCCCAAAACUCAAGGUCCAAAUGGUUAAGAGAGGGUGAUAAAAACCCAAAAUACUUCCAUGCCCUGGCUUCAACUCGGAAAAGAAAAUACCGAAUGUCAUCCUUAUCUGCUAAUGGUAUUACGGUGGAGGACCCUGCAAGCAUCCAAAGGGAGGCAGUCUCUUUUUUCAAGAAAAUCUUCCACGAGGAGUUUUCACACAGACCUAUUUUCAGUGGCCUCAACUUCAAAAUUUUAACCCCAACUCAGGUGGAAGGCCUAACUGCCCCCUUCAGCAGAGCCGAAAUUGACGAGGCCGUAGAUUCAUGUAACGCCCAAAAAGCACAUGGGCUCGAUGGUUUCAAAUUCCAAUUUAUUAAGGCUGCCUGGGAGGUGAUAAAAAACAAUAUUUACGACAUCCUUGAUACAUUUUGGUCCACUAGCAGGCUUCCCAAAGGCGCAAACGUGGCUCUUAUUGCUCUUAUAGCCAUAUGCGAUAACCCGGGAGGACUAAAAGACUUCAGGCCAAUCAGUAUGGUUGCUGCAUUUAUAAAAUAA